GCAGAGAGCCGCAUGCCUUGUUGACCAUCCAUCGAUUGUUCGGGUGUCCACAUUCCUCGAGAUUGUUCGAGAGUUCAGUUCUGAAGAGCGGUGGGCAGAUGAAAUUCCACGCUGUGCAAUGCUUCAGCUGCGGGGCGAUGCAGGUGAAGCAAGCGAAGAAGGCCAGCAACAAGUGGAGUUGCAGCAUCUGCAACGAGAAACAAUCCUUGCGGAAAGUGUUCUUUGCCUCCGAUGCUGCCAAGGAUGUCCGCAGUUUUGUUCAGCAAGCCAAUCUGACAAGGGGCCACAUUUUAGAGGCUACGGCUGAAUGCUUCAAUUCGUCGGACGUGAAAGAAAACCUGGUCGAACGCUAUGAGGCCGCGAUCGAGCCUCAAAAUGGAAAUCGUCUUCCGAGGCGCAGCAAUUGGGAUGAUUUUUUGCAACAGGAGGACCAGUACUCAGACCAGGAAAACAUUGUUGACCCUGACGAUGCCAAGUAUGUCACCUCAGUCCCGGAUGUAAGACCUCGUAAACCCCAACGUAGAGUUAUAUCUUCACAUGAUGGUCCUUCCGGGCGUAGAGCACUUUCUCCUCAAAAGUUUGCCGACAGCAUCUCUAAGAAGUCUAGAGAGCUGAAAGAAAGUGGCUUGCAGUCGCGGUUUUCGAUUUGUGAGCGAAGUGGAGUUGGAGUUGGAGAUGCCGAAGUCAGUGUGCGUGAAUGUGAAAAUGCGAAUUUCUACCGAACCCUUGGAACUCCUCAUCCGGAUUUGGCUCCAUCGGCGAAAGGAGACUGUGAUUUGUCUGAAACAUCGUUGAAAAGAGGGUAUGCAUCCCUGGCUGAUGAAUCCAGACAUGAUACAACGAAGGCUUUCAAAACGGAGGAGAGUGUCAUUAAGAGGAAAGAGUCUGUUUGUCAAACUUCGAAGUGGAGCAAGUACAUAGAAGAUUGACGAACGCUAGAAAAAUCAAUGGACGAAUGGAAGGUUGAUAUGAAGGGCAACUUUCGAUGCCGAAACAGUGUUACUCGGUGUUCAUUGGCUUGUUCACAACCGAAAAACUGUCGCUCGUUGGACUCUCUGGCUUGUUCGCAACAAAAAAUAUGUCAAUUCGUCUUCUCUGGGUUGGUGCCAAGGCACUUGUACUUAUCUAAAACAAAUGUGCUCUUGUUGCAUCAGAGGAGGCAAUACAGGUCCAGACACUCGUACAGGACAGACAGGCAGCAGGAGAGAGGAUAUAUUUGUUUUAGAUAGGUACGGAGCUAUGAUAUAUGUGGUAACAUUCCCCGCCACAAACCUGUCUAUAAUUCUGGAGAUUUAGAUGUCAACUAUUUCGCUGCAUGAUGUGUCUUUGUAGACACGAAGACGUCUAUCCAUCGAUUUUCGCAAGAUGCCCUAGAUCAGUAAAACUUACUGCGAAAGAAAUGGUAUCACUUAUUUGUAGCUAGUUGCACAUCCAAAGACGCCAGAAUUUCCAGUCCUGCUCAUGAAGAAGUAGAUACUUCAAACAAUUGUACGAUGAUAAUCAUAGCACAAGUCUCCGGCACAUGAACAGGCGACUUGUCCGGACGACAGAGAGUACUCACUCCGCAUACAGUCAUAGUUCUGAAUGCACCAAAAACUAACAGCUCACCUGUUCAGAAGGGAUUUGAAUCACUCCACUCGAGAGUUAUCCAGACAACAAAACCAGGUAUAUCAUUCGUGAACCUUAGUUUCACAAGGAGUGAUGGUGACAUAACUAUGGGAAGUUUUAACGACCUAGCAGAAGAAGCAUGCAGGGCAAGCACAAGCGGAACUUGACUGUAUGGUCAUACCUUGAACAGUGUCAGUAACAAUCGACAAUAAUGCACUAUGAUAGUCAAGAUUGAAGCUUGAAGUACAGGUUUACAAAGUCAUACUCCCUUUUAAUUAUGUAAAGAAUGUAACAAAGUAGGUC